AUGACUCAAUCCAGGCCCUCCCUCGAAACACGUACAGAACGGCUGGCCCAAUGGACAGCCAACCUCCAAUACCACGACCUCCCCGACGAAGUCAUCCAGCGCACCAAGGAGCUCUUCAUCGAUUGGCUAGGAUGCACGAUCGCCGGACGACAUCACCCAGCCGUCGCCGCUAUAGUGAGGUUCGCGACGCAGAUGGGCCCGUCCUCAGGGAAAAGUGAACUCAUUGAUGGAUCACUGCGAUUAACAUCUUCUCCUGCCUUUGCUAGCCUGAUCAAUGGCGCUUCGUCGCACGUAGUUGAGCAGGACGACUUGCAUAACCGGAGCAUCAUGCAUCCUGCGACGGUGAUAUUCCCCUCUGCACUGGCCGUCGCACAGGACACCCACGCCGACGGCAAAGAGUUCAUCACCGCCUGUGUAGUAGGCUAUGAAGUCGGCUGUCGGACGGGCGAGUACCUUGGAAAGAGACACUACGAGGUAUGCACGCAAUUCCGGGUGCAUGUAGACGAAGCUAAGACGACGACCGUGCAGAAAUUCCACUCCACCGCCACAGGAGGCGUCGUUGGCGUCGCAGCCGCUGUCGCUCGUCUCCUACACCUAGACGCCAACCAGACGCUCUCUGCCAUCGGGACAGCAGGCACACAGGCAGCGGGACUCUGGCAAUUCCUCCUCGACGCCACACACUCCAAGCAGGUGCACACCGGCAAGGCCUGCUUCGACGGCAUCUUCGCCGCCUACAGCGCGCGGGACGGCCUGCCGGGACCACGCGACAUCCUCGAGGGUGCGAGAGGUAUGGGCGCCGCGCUGGCUCCUGGGGAGACGGACCCAGAAGCCAUCAGUCAGGGUUUAGGGUUGGAUUAUGCGGUUCUGGGGUCGAGUUUCAAGUGGCAUGCAUCGUGUCGGCAUACGCAUCCCAGUGUGGAUGCUCUGCUGGCGUUGAUGGCGAAGCAUCAGGUCAAGUUUCAUGAGAUUGACUCGGUCGUGGCGAGGACGUACCAGGCUGCGAUCAAUGUCCUGGGGCUGACGGGUCGAGGCGAGACGGUCCAUCAGAGCAAGUUCUCCAUGGGGUUUGUCCUUGCAGUUGCGGCGAAAAAUGGCCAGGCGAUGAUCACGGACUUUACGGAGGAAGCGCUGGAGGACGCCGAGCUGCGAGAGUUUCAGCAGCGAGUAACGAUGGAGCUGGACCCGGAGAUUGAUGCAAAAUUCCCCAAGCAGUGGCAGGGGACGGUCGCCGUGGUGUGCAAGGAUGGUCGGAAGUACACCGAGUCCGUGGAGUACCUGAAAGGGGAUCCUGAGAAUUCAUUGACAACGUAUGACUCCACAGGUUUAUCGGAGCAAUGCUAA